CAAUGAUUUUUUAAGCUAAUUUAAAAUGGAUUCUGAAGAAGCCAUUUUCCAAGACAUAUGUUCGCAAGUGGAAUCAAGCCAGUGGAGAACAAAUGACGGUAAUCCUUUUUUUCUUAUAUACUUUCACUACAAUAAUAUUGUAUUCUUUUCAGAGAAUAAAAUUCGCAAGCGUCAAUUUGCAGUUGAAUGUCCCCAUGACGAACGCCCUCCACCGAAAAAUCCAGCCCUUUCCGUAGAUGUGCCGUUAUCACAAAGUAGCCACACAGCAAUAAUGGCUAAAUUAGAUGCUAUACAGGAACGCCAAGACCAAUUAUACUCAAAACUGGACAUCGUCGAGACCCGUCAACUGGACGUUGAUAAGAAAGUUGCUGAAAUACAAAGCGCCCUCUCCGAUAAGAUGCCUGAACGUGGCGAAUUCCAAGCCCAAAGUAAGCUGUUGCGAGAGUGCCGAGUUUUGACAGCUAGGGUUCAACAGUCUGUCAGUCGCAUCACCGGUGACAUGGAAAGCGAGGAGUCAACCGACUUAGCUACUAUGAUUCCCAUGUCAUCGGUGGAGCUAGUGCAGGCUGUUGAAACCAAGCUUAAAAAUAAAGCUUACGCUGACGCAAUGAUUGGGCUUUUAGCAAGAGCAAAGGGCACCAAAGGAACAGUUGACGGAGUUAUGCGUGGCUUGUUCAAAGAUGAUACCGUGGCUAAUUUUAAUUUAGAGGGAAGGGCAGGCAAGUUCCCACUUGUUGGACUUAAAGUGACUGAGCUCCUCUUUGGUUAGUAUCUAUUACUACGUUUAUACGCACGUAUUAUUUGCAAAUAACAAUCCGCAAAAUGGUCAACUUUCCGCAUAAACGGAGUUAAUUUAUUAUUUGCAAA